UGGGCACAAAGAACUAACAGAGACGCGAAAAAGCUCUGUUCUGCAAUGGCGAGCGUUUCCCUCUGUUCAUCUCCUUCCUCUCUCUCAGCGGCGAUAGCCCAGAAGCAGCAAAGACCCAACCUUUCUCUCUCUAGGCCCAACCCCAAUGUCCCAUUUCUCUCUCACUCUCUCUCUUCCCUCAGGCUCAGCUCCUCCCCCAAACCGCUUUCUACAUCCCCUUUUGUCGCCAAAUUCUCAGAUUCCGGGUCUUCGGUGGCUGAAGCCGAGCCCGAAUCUCCGGUAUUUGAAUCUGAACUUCAAACGGAAACAAUAGUCUCCGAACCCAAGAGGGACGAAAUAUUUGCUGUUGUUAUGGUUGGAUCUCGUCAAUAUAUUGUCUUUCCCGGACGGUACCUUUAUACCCAGCGGCUAAAGGGUGCAAAUGUCAACGACAAAAUCAUUCUAAACAAAGUAUUACUGGUAGGAAGCAGAACAAGCACUUGGAUUGGAAAACCCGUGGUAACUAAUGCAGCAGUUCAUGCUGUGGUUGAAGAGCAGUUAUUGGACGAUAAGGUCAUUGUAUUCAAGUACAAGAAGAAGAAGAACUACAAAAGGAAAAUCGGUCAUCGACAGCCAAUUACACGGAUAAGAAUCUUGGGUAUCACAGGAUACGAAGACUAUCCCGCUUCCACACUUCCAGAUACUGAACCUACCCAAUAACUUGUAAACCGCUGUUUCCUCAAGACGUGUUUUGUUCGGUUCUUUGAGAACAUAUGUAGUUUUAUAGAUUGCGGUUUCCCUGCGGUGAAAAUAGUUCGACGCGCUUCCUGAUUUCUUGUAUGUUUUCUCGUUUAUUUCUUGCUCAAGAACUCUUAAGGUAGAGAGUAUUGUAGAUUCCUUUCAACUUUCAAGAGUAGUGCUACAAUGCUCAUACUUAAAAGGGUUACUGUUUUGUGCUAUUGUUGCAGUAUGGCUUCUCAUGUAUAUGAUCAAUGCUACAAUCUAAUUUUUAAGUUUCUGAUUGACAUUAUUGACUCC